GCUGAUGAUAUGACUAUAGCGCUAGCAAGAUGGCAGACAAGUCAGGGGAAGCUGUACGUCCUGGUAAACUUGCCGGGAGACUUGCUGUAGUUACAGGUGGCAGUGGUGGGAUCGGGGGUGCAGUCUGCCAGCUUUUUGCAAAGGAGGGAGCCUCUGUUGCCGUGGUGGACAUCAACGAGGACAAAGGUCAAGAGAUGGUGGCGUCUUUACCAAACAUGGGGUCACAGCAACACCGCUUCUACAAAACUGACGUGACGUCUUCCAAGUCUGUCAAUGAAAUGGCCACUGCUUUGAAGACAGACUACCCGUCUGCUCCUUCCGUGGUAGUGACAUGUGCCGGUGUGGCCGUGCCGUGCUAUUUUCUGGAUAUGGACGAGGCAACGUACGACCAAACGAUUAACAUCAACCAAAAGGGAACGUUUCUUGUGGUACAGGCCAUGGCGAGGCUCAUGGUGCAAGACAAAGUGAAGAACGGUUCCAUCAUCACCAUCGGAAGCGUUCUAGCGAAAGUUGGCAAUUUCCAGUUUUCUCACUAUACAGCCACAAAAGGAGCGGUCGUGUCUAUGACGAGGAACAUUGCGAUGGAACUUGCUGAGUACGGCAUCCGCUGUAAUGUGAUCAAUCCGGCCUACAUCGACACAAACAUCCUGGAUGAGACAUGGGAACAAUUUAUGGCUGAUUAUGUUCAGCAGAAUACUUUUUUGAAACGGGCCGGUAAACCAUCUGAGGUGGCCAACCUGUGUCUGUUCCUAGCAUCAGACGAGAGCAGCUACAUGACCGGCCAAGUGGUGGAUAUCACUGGUGGGCAGUAGGGUUCCACCGGAACAGCGUGGCUUAUUUAGGCUGUUAAAGAGGCAACUUAACGAGGUCGCAAAAUAAUAAAAUAUUAUAUGAUAUUAAGGUUAAAUCACGGAUUCACAUAAAAUAAGUGCGACUUCACAGAAUUUUUAAUAUAAGGUAA